AUGAGCGGUUUGGCGCAACCGGCCGUGCCAGGAGCUGGCGGAUCGAAGGCUCGCGUGCUCUAUUCCCGCCAGAAAUUGUUACCCGCCAAGAAGGCAGGUGCCCCCCUCCCCAUCGAUUUUACAAUCGACGCUAAUGUUGUAGAUUUGCAGGCAGUAUCUCGGCCCCGCACAAUGCUCCCUAUGAAGGGUUCGCUACCCUGCCUGCUCUCCCUAAUACGAUCCCUCCCUCAAAUUAACCCUCCAAUCGACAGCAAAAGACGUUCAUUAGAUUUUUUAUUUCCAUUCCGAAAAUCAUACGGGAAAUUGACGUGUGUGGAUAACUGGUGCAAGCACGGAAAGCCAAAAGCUUGCUCGAGGCGAGAACAAUCCAGAAGAAGGUGGAUAUACGAACUGGAAGAAAAAGUGGCUGGCCGGAGUCUUCAGGGCGGAAAUUGGCUUAACCAUGACGUGGAAGAUCUGGAGUUCAGCACUCACGUAAAAAAGAUAAUACUCGAUGAAACACCCAUAAAAUGA